AGGGUUUUUUUCUGCCAGUCUUGACCCUCCUUACAGGGAAGCUGUAACACCAGUGGGAGGGUUUCACUCCAGCCUUCAGAUAUCUCCGGACGCACUUCAACGUGACGUAUUGUGUGCCAUGGCAUCUUCAUUGAGGAGUCUGGUUUAUGAUGAUAGCAGGUACCUGAAAUCCUUCCAGCUUUUUCUCGAGCGUUCCUCCGAACAUCAGUGCAUGCAGGACUUCAUCCACAAUAUCCUGCCAGACAUACUGGCCAGCAUCGGAGAUGGAAAGUCCCAUCUUAAUGUCAUUGGAGUCGGAAGUGGCGCUGGUGAGAUUGACCUAGAGAUGUUCUCUGAGCUCCGACUGAAGCACCCAGGGGUGACAGUGGAUAACGAGGUGGUGGAGCCUAGCAGCCAGCAGCUACAUAACUACAAAGUUUUGGUGUCACAGAAACCAGGUUUAGAUUACAUCACAUUUAACUGGAACAAGAUGACUGCCUCUGAGUUUGAGGAGCACUGGAAAGUGAAAAAGAUGACGAAGAAGGCUGACUUCAUUCACAUGAUACAGAUGCUGUACUAUGUGAAGGAUCCUGGAGCUACCAUCGCCUUCUUCCAGAGCCUCCUCAACAAGAACGGGAAGCUUCUUAUUAUUCUAGUGUCUGGCGAGAGCGGUUGGGGAAAGCUGUGGCAGUGCUAUAGGAACAAGCUCUGUAACUCAGAAAUCAGUCAGUGUGUGACUACUGGAGACAUCAAAAGCAUCCUGGACUCCAAGGGAGUGAGCUACAAGAGCUAUGAGCUGCCAUCUCAAAUGGAUAUCACCGAGUGUUUUACAGAGGGGGAUGAGAUGGGAGAGCUGCUACUUGAUUUUCUCACUGAGGUGCUGGACUUCAGUAACACGGCCCCACCUGAGUUGAAAGCUGGUGUCUUGGAGUUACUCCGGCACCCAGAUUGUAGUGUGGAGUCCAAUGGCAAAGUUAUCUUUAACAACAACCUUGGAGUGAUAGUCAUAGAUUCGCCCAGUUAAAAGCAGGCUGUAUGUAAAAUUUGCAGUAGAUCACAAUGUUGUUGUUAAAGUAGAUUUAAAAUGACAAAUAUAAUUGAAUGUAUUUAAUUAAAAUGCUUUUUGCCUAUGGAACAAAUAUGUUACAUGAUCAGUUGGGAGUCAAUUUUAGUUUUGACCAUAUACAGUAUGUUUUCUUUGAGAACAGUUAUGUUUUGUUGAUACUAGUUUUACUCAUUAAUUGUAUAUAUUCUUCUAUGCCUGUGCAAAAUGAAAAUGGCUUGAUUGUCAUUUUCUUUUCUAAACCCAUUUUUGUUUCAUUGCUUAUGAUUUAGUCAAAUUCUCCCUUAAAUGUGAAGAUCAGUUUUAAUCAGAUUCAGACAUCAGUUUCACAUUUUACCAUCAUAUAAUUUUUUAAUGGGCUACAGUUGGCAGGCUUUGCUACUAACCCCAUUACAGUGCUGCUCUCAUUUGAUUAUAUUACUUUAGAAAUAUAAAAAUAAAUGGAAAAUUGAACAUUUAAUUUUCUUCCAUGUAGGUUGAGCUGUUAAUUUUACACAAGCUGCACACUCCUGUUAGAGUGUCUGGAUUUUGUGUCUUUGCUUUUUCAGUAUUAUACAUUUGUACAUGUUCAUUUACAUCCAUGGGAGAACUUGACUAGACAAAUUAAAUACAUGGACAUGCUUACACUGGCAUUUCUGUUUUGCAUAGUAGCUGUUGUGGAAUUAACAUUUGAAAAAGGAAAUGAAUGCAGUUUUUUCAGCUUGUCCCAUUUCCAUAUGAAUCAAUCUUAAAAUACAUACAAAUUACUGUACUACAACCUACUGUUUCAACAGCUAGAAUUUUUCUCAGUCAGAAGGAUUUUGACAGAAGAGGCAUAAAAAAAGUGAUGACAAAAUUUACUGACAAAAUUGUCUGGAGGAUCAAGUAAUGUUUCUGACCACAUAAAAUUAAACAUAUCAACCGACCCGUCAAGUACAGCUGGGAUUUUAUUCUGACGGUUGUAACUCUACACAAGUCAGAUGAAAUUGCGUUCUGACAAUCUAUGUUCUUUCAGCUUUACAACUUGUUUGAGUGGUGAGUAUAUAAUGAUACAUGUAAUAUACUGGUCAGAUUAACACAGGCAGCACAGUAGCAGCUGUUGUCAGUGUUUGCCUUUAGCCAGAAUAGUUAUUACAGACACAGCUGAAGCAUUGGCUCCAUCUUCAGGGCAGCAGUGGUAACUGUAAAAUACAGGGAUGGGCAGAUCAAGGGUAGAGAUCACUGAAUAAUACAUUUAUAAAUGUUAGCCAACAUUUAAUGAUAACAUUUAUUUUCUAAUAAGUCAUCAAAUCAGCAGUGAUAAAUUAUAACAAUUAUAAGUUAUUAAGUCAUUAAUGGAGGGUCUUUGGUUUCUUGGUCUUGGGGUUUCACCUGCAUUUAAAAAGGUUAAUAAAUCAAAGAGUUCUUAUCAAAUCUGCAGUUGUGAAUCUUAACAUAUUGUUAAUAAACAGAUUUUGAUCAAGA